ACCUUCUCUUCGUCCAAAUUAUCUCACUCCUUUCAAAUCUUCCACUGAAUUACUCUAUCGAAGCUUUUAAUGCUCAAACAAUAAAAUAUACACACAAAUUUCAAAUCAUAUUUCUUCUCUUCAACCCCCACCUACCUAAUGGGCAAAAAGCUUAAAUUUCCUUUUCUUAUCAAAGCCACCGAAACCGCUGCCGCUGCCGAUGACGCCGCCGCCACCAGUUAUACUUGGCCAUGGCCAAUUUGUGUCAACAACCCAAAGACCCUUUCUUUUCGAGCUAACAACAAUAAGACAUUCAAGACUACGAAUUCUGUCUACCUUGACAAAACCAUCAUUGAAGAAAUUCUUGACAACCCAGAUUCAGUUUUUAGCAUUAGCAACUCUUUUGAUGAAAGUUUUUCGUGUGCAUCAAGAAAUGAUGAGUACAGUAUCGAGAUGGUGAUUCGAGAUUUAAGAUCAGAUAGGUUGUUUUUUGAGCCUGGAGAGACAAGUUCAAUCCUGGAAGAAGCGAAAACUGAUGAGUCUUCUCUUUAUAAAGAGAGUACAGUAAUGGCUCUGGAAUCCAGGGAUCCAUGUGUGGAUUUCAGAUUAUCAAUGGAGGAAAUGGUGGAGGCUUAUGGAUUGAAGAAUUGGGAAUGUCUUGAAGAACUUUUAACUUGCUAUUUGAGACUUAAUUCCAAGAAAAAUCAUGGUUAUAUUGUUGGAGCUUUUGUUGAUUUGUUGGUUCACCUUGAAUUUGUGGCUUCAAAUUCCUCUUCUUCAACGGAUCAUGAACACUGUUCUUCAUCUUCUUCGGUUGCAACUCAAUAUUCUUCCACUUCUCCUUUUUCAAUUUCUUCUUCUACAAAUUCCUCAACUAGUCCUUGUUUAUCUUCAUUAGAAUUUGAAGAUCAGAUCAACGAGAGAAACGUUGACACCGCUUCUUCUGAAUCAGUCAUUGUUCAGCAGGGGUCCAGUUCAAAUACAGUCUUGCCUGUAGAUGCUUAAUUGUUUGAAAAUUUAGAGAGAAAAACUGUCGAGAAUUUGCAGGAAUGAAUUGUGGCUAGUUGCAGAUGACAGUUUUUUAUUUGGACUAUGAAAAUUACUGUUUUCCAGAAAUUGAUGAUCUCUCUCUCUCUCUCU